AUGAAUCCUACUGGUGAAGGUUUUUGUGGUAAUGAAAAUAUUUUUAAAAUUAACGUUGGUGUCGUCAACAAUGAUAUCAGAGCGAAGAUUGAGAAUUGUGACAGCAGCGGGAUAGAUGAAUGCCCGCCUUCAACAAACAUUUUUAAAAAGUUCAAACUCAGUUCUCUAAGAAGAAUAAAACAUUCGAUGGAUUAUGAUCGCUCCUUGAUAAGCCGAAUCAUUUGGGCAAUCCUUGUCACUCUGGCUGCUUUUCUAGCUAUUUAUCAAAUCGGGACACUUCUUUUUCGCUACUUGGAGUACCCCACAUAUACAGAGCUGGAUAUUAUGUCCUUGCGAAGUUUGAAGUUUCCUCGAAUCACCAUCUGCAACAAUAACUACGUGAAAAAAUCAGCAGCUGAAAGUUUAUGUAGGAGAGUGUUUAGCGGUUAA